ACCCUCGUCGUCGGAACAGAUACUCGGAAUAUCUAUCAUCAUCGGAAGCGCGGGCCUCUCGAGUGGGUAGAGAGAGAGAGAGAGAGAGAAAGUGCGAGAGAUUUCUAGAGAGAGAAACUCUGAGACUCAAGAAAAGAAAAGAAAAAGACUCUUAUUAGUGCUCUUUCUAGGGUUAGGCUUCCUUCAGCAGUUAUUUUUUUAGUGAGUACAAGUUAAAAAGGAAGCAAAAGAAGGACGGGGAGCUUGAUUAUUGGAAGCUAGAGGUUGCGGGAUUCUUUAGCUUUUAAUUCUUUUUGUUUUUGUUUUUUGGGGUCAAUUUUUCUUCUCCGGUGAAUGUCGCGUCGAUUGUAAGGUUGUCUGUUUUCCUUUUAGGCCUUUUGUGGGUUUGUGUUUAUCUCUUUACCUUUUGUUGUGUGUAUCAAGUGCGCGGAAGCGGAGGCUUCUUCAACCUCAAGCAAAGUGUGUGGUUUAAUUUGAGCUAGUUUAGCGGUGAGAAAGCUGUGUUCUUUUGUGCUGGGUUUUUUUUUUUUUAUAGUAAUAGUGGAGUUUGCUCUGAAUGUUUAGUGUGGAAAAGAGAGUUUUGAUUUUUACAGGAGUUGGGUUUUGGUCUUAUGGUGGAUUGAGGAUGAUAUGGAAAUUGAGCCAAAUGUUUACUGAAACUGGAUAGGUAGCGUUUGUUUAAUAAUGCCAAUUAUUGUGGAGGAUCAUAUUGAGAUGAGGAAUUCAGGGGUAAUUUGAGGGGUGGCAAUAUGAGUUGUAGUGUGAACAGUGGAGGAAGACAGCAGAGGAAUUCGGCUUCGGUCUCAAUUACGGCGCAGCAGCUGGCAAUCGACGACAGCCUGCUGGUUGAUCCCAAGUUGUUGUUUAUUGGGGCGAAAAUUGGUGAGGGAGCUCAUGGGAAAGUUUAUGAAGGAAGGUACGGUAGUCGAAUUGUGGCUAUCAAAGUUCUCAAUCGUGGGAGCACUUCUGAAGAAAGAGCUCAACUUGAGAAUCGAUUUACCCGUGAAGUUAAUAUGAUGACUCGAGUGAAGCAUGAAAAUCUUGUGAAGUUUAUUGGAGCUUGUAAGGAUCCUCUAAUGGUGAUAGUUACUGAGCUAUUACCUGGAAUGUCACUCCGGAAGUACCUGAUUAGUAUUCGUCCCAAUCAAUUAGAACUUCAUGUGGCCAUUAAAUAUGCUCUUGACAUCGCUCAUGCAAUGGAAUGUUUACAUGCCAAUGGCAUUAUACAUAGAGAUCUAAAACCUGACAAUCUGUUGCUUACGGCAAAUCAGAAAUCUGUAAAGCUUGCAGAUUUUGGUCUUGCAAGAGAAGAAACUGUGACUGAGAUGAUGACUGCAGAAACUGGGACUUACCGUUGGAUGGCUCCUGAGCUAUAUAGCACUGUCACAUUACGGCAAGGAGAGAAGAAGCAUUACAAUAACAAAGUUGAUGUGUAUAGCUUUGGGAUCGUCUUAUGGGAAUUGUUGACCAACCGCAUGCCCUUUGAAGGCAUGUCUAAUUUGCAGGCUGCCUAUGCUGCUGCUUUCAAGCAAGAGAGGCCUCGACUUCCAGAGGAUGUCUCCCCUGAUCUUGCCUUCAUCAUCCAGUCAUGUUGGGUUGAGGACCCCAAUCUAAGGCCUACGUUCAGCCAGAUCAUCCGCAUGCUCAACUCUUUCCGCUUCAAACUCUCACCCCCCUCACCACCCCUACCGGACAGUGACAGCAACGAAGCAGAAGCAAGUAACGGUACCAUGAGUGAACUAUCUGUCCGGGCAAGAGGCAAGUUUUCUUUCAUUAGGCAACUCUUCAAUGCUAAGAAGAACAAGAACACACAAUCAAGCUGACCAAAAUUUUGGAAACCAUCCCGUUGUUUCAACUGAAGGAACACCUCGAGAUCGAUGGUAGAAACAAUGUUUAGUAACUUUAUGAUUUUAACUACCCAAACAACGAUGAAAUUCAAAUGAUGAGAAAACACUGAAAGUGAAAAGGAUGGAUUCAGCACGGUUCACAUUGUGUACGUGAUUUGAUUGUAAAGAAAACCACAUGGUUUUGGAAAUUUCUCUUCAUAUCAAUGGAACCUCCCUUUCAAUAA